AUGCCGUGGAGUUUACUGACAAGCACCUUCAUGAUAUCUACUCCACUCCCGCAGUGGACUCUAGAGAGUUUUGAGCCACUCUCACCUCAUCGGAAAAGGAGCAUUUAUUCUGAAGAGAGCUUGAAGAUAUUCAUAAGCCCUGCGAUCAGCAGCUGGGCUGUGAAGGCACCCACCGCCUAUCCAUGGAUACGCUCUUCCCACGUACCAGUUAUGGGAAUGUUUUUAUCUCUCAUCAAUAUCUCUAUUGAACCGAAAUACGUCAUGUUUGAAGAAGUUGGUCCCAGCUUUUUAGCCACGAACCCUCAUUCUCCAUCUAGACCCAGCGAUCACCCAGCUCAACAUGAGGCUAGAGAUUGGGGAUAUGGCCUGACAAGUACGAUUAAACCAAUACCUCAAGAGCAUUCAGACAUUCGGCUUGGAGCUGGGGUUUUUCAACCAUUUGCUCGACUCUCGUUGCUUCUGGUUCAGGCGAUUAACCAACGCACAUUUGGUGAUGGAAGGGUUAGUCAAGGGGGAAAGCGGUUUGACAAGUAUGCAAAUGUUAUCACCGUCGGGCAGAUGGUUGAAAAUAUAUGCACCAUGUCGUUGUCCAGACGGAUGCCAGCCAGCAUCGGUAUCUGGCCGAAAACUGCUCCCCGCCCUCCAAAAAAACUCGUUUCAAAACAAACUAAACACGGAAGCUUGUUUGCUUGA